AUCUCUGCAUGCGCACCGCGGCUCCGCUCGCGCAGUGUGUGUGUGUGAGUCUCUCUGUGCGCACGAGUGUGUGAGCGAGCGUUGUUUUUAAAGAGAGGAAGAGAGCGCGUGUCUGUAAGUGUAUCCGAGUGGAUCAGCCCUGAGCCGGGGGUCGGGAUGGUACCGAUCAUUUAAACACUGCGCGAGCGGCAGGAGGAAGAAGAAUCCGAAGUUUGUUUUUGGAGAGCAGCGCGUUUAUACGGCGGUGUGUGUGUGUGUGUGUGUGUCUCACUCACUCUCAGACUGUGUGUUUGUUUGUUUUUUACUUUGAGAAGGACAUUUUAGUUUUCUGUGCUCAGGAGGAACUCCACGGGCCGCCUGGUGAGGGAGGGGUUCAUUCACAGAGGAGUCUUUACGCACGGGUUUUAAGUUCACUCCGGAGUGUCAGAGUAGUGAAGCGCAGGAGUGUGUGUGUGUGCGCGCGCGCAGGUUGGAGAGAGACACAGAGAGAGUGGGUGAAAAGUUUUUAUUUUUGUAUUAUUUUGCUCUAAGAAGGAUUUCCCGCUGCAGAGAGUCCUCCAGGAGACACACAGAGACUCAGUGAGACUCAGAGACUCAGUGAGACACAGUGAGACAGAGCCAUGCCGCAGCUGGCGGGUGGAGGAGGCGCGGGAGACCCGGAGCUCUGCGCCACGGAUGAGAUGAUCCCGUUCAAGGACGAGGGAGACCCGCAGAAGGAGCAGAGCUUCGCCGAGAUCACCAACUCCGAGGAGGAGGGAGACCUGGCCGAGCUCAAGUCCUCUCUGGUCAACGAAAGUGAAACGAGUCCCAACAGCAACAGCCACGACGCUGCUAGACAGUCACAAAUAACCCCAGACUCCUAUCAUGAAAAACACAGAGAACAUCCAGAUGAUGGAAAGCUCCAGGAUCUGUACAGUAAAGGCCAUGCUUACUCUGGUUACCCAAGUUACAUCAUGAUGACCAACAUGAACAACGAACCCUACAUGAACAAUGGCUCGCUCUCGCCUCCCAUGCCCAGAACGUCGAAUAAGGUUCCAGUGGUUCAGCCGUCCCACGCAGUUCACCCCCUCACACCUCUGAUCACCUACAGCGAUGAGCACUUUGCCCCCGGCCCUCACUCCGGUCACCACCCUCAGGACGCCAAAGGAAUGCAGAGGCAUCACCCCGGUCCAGACAUCACUAACUUCUACUCAGUUGGACAGAUGACCCCACCACUGGGCUGGUUCCCACAUCACAUGGUUCCAGGACCUCCCGGACCUCACGCCACGGGAAUCCCCCACCCUGCCAUCGUCAACCCACAAGUCAAACAUGAGCCUCCACACGAGACGGACCUGAUGCACAUGAAGCCUCAUCACGACCAGCGAAAGGAGCAGGAGCCCAAACGGCCUCACAUCAAGAAGCCGCUCAACGCCUUCAUGCUUUACAUGAAAGAGAUGCGCGCCAACGUCGUAGCCGAAUGCACGCUGAAGGAGAGCGCCGCCAUCAACCAGAUCCUGGGCAGAAGGUGGCACGCUUUAUCUCGGGAAGAGCAAGCGAAGUAUUAUGAAUUGGCCCGCAAGGAACGGCAGCUCCACAUGCAGUUAUACCCCGGCUGGUCUGCCAGAGACAAUUAUGGAAAGAAGAAGAAAAGAAAGAGGGAGAAGCUCCAGGAAUCAGCCUCAGACUUCCAUUUUCUGCAGGUACAGCCCAGAGAAUGAAAACGGCGUACAUCUGAGCAAUGGAGGAAAACGAACUGCUUUCUCCUCAUGCAAAUCAAAGCCAGCAGCUGCGGGGGCCCUUUUGGAGAUGGAAGCCUGUUAGAUGACCUCUGACCCCGUCUGCGACCUCUUGACUCCCCCUGCUGACCUCUUGGAGGGCUCCAGCUCUCGAGUGCGCUCCUCUGCUGUAGAGACACUGAACUGAAACCACAGACAAUCACUUCCCGCCUGGACCCGUUACUAUACAUACUGAUCGACACGGAUAUACAUACACACCUGGCCCUUCACAGAUAUGAACACACACACGCACACACACACACACACGCACACACACACACAGUUUGUUCAGGGUUUGUGUUGGUUUUAGCUUGUCACUCCCAAAGUCCAAGUUAUUGCACUGAUCAUGUCUUCACCCAACCGCACAAAUCACACACACACACACACACACACACACACACACACACACACACGUGCAGUGAGGGAAGAAAUCAAUCACACACCUGUCCACAUCCGUCCCCAAGUUAUUUUAAGUUAUUCAGCUUCGCGUUAUUCUGUAUGUACAGGUCAUCCCGAGCGCUGUCUCUCUCUCUGUGUCUCUCUCUCUGUCUCUGUGUCUCUCUCUCUCUCUCUCUGUCUCUCUCUCCACCCGGUGAUGUAGCAUUUCAGGGCCCGGUUUACAGGAGCGUUCUCUCCCAUCAGACGUCAGACGGACCAUCUUAUUCUCGACAAACAUUCUCUUAAGACUCUUAUAUUUCAGCGAGUGGGUGCGACAUUUAAAUAAAUAAAUAAAUAAAAAGGAUCUUAGGUUUGACUUUUAUGGGUUCAAGGUCAAUUUCGAAUGCUUUUCUUUUGUAUUUUAAAAUAUUAAUUUCAUCUCUCGGUGUAUAUUUUAAGUCAUUUUUUUAUCUUUAUUUUAUAUA